AUGUGGUUUAUUGCAACUCCAUGUGAUUGUGGAUAUUUGUAUAAAGAUGAACCUUCAUAGUCUGUUACAUCAUUGCCAAUUAGUUCCCUUUUUUUAUGGUUUGUGACAAGUUGAUAUUUCCUUUUAGUGUUAGUGGAGCACAAAGAAGCUCUCUGUUGCUUUCAUUUGGGGAGAGUGAAGGGAGGCCAGAUGCAGCUGUGUCCCACCCCUGCCAGGAUGCUGCACAACCUUAUUGUGUACCAUUUCCAACUGAAGCAGAAACAUCACAUCAAAAUACAGAGUUAAAUGAUGUAGAGACAGGCAGUAACUCUGAUAUUGUUCAUGCAUCAUCUGAGCAUGUACCUGUGUCUGUAUCAGUACCUGUACCUCAACUGUUACCAAAACGUAUCAUCCAAGUGCACAGGCUAAAUAUUAAGAAGGAUUUGAUUGACUUAUUCUGA